AUGCAUAUACGAGGUUUCCUCCCAGCGGUUGCUCUGCUGCCAUUCAGCAUAGCUUCUGUUACCUCCCCUGGUGACACGGCUGUGAUUCCUGGAUGGCAUCUGCAAUCCGCCCUUCACGCAUCGAGUAACCUGACCGAUCUCUCCCUCCCGACUGCUCACAAUGUUGACUCCUGGUAUCGGGUUGGCGCCCGGGCUACUGUCAUGGCAGGGCUGAUUGAAAGUGGUGUUUACAAUGACACCCACCUAUUCUACUCUAAUAAUCUGGCAACGGUCGACCAGGCUAUUUUCCGCGUCCCGUGGCUAUAUCGCGAGGAGCUCAGCCUUCUCACGCCUCCGAAAGAACAACACAUGUUCCUCGUCACUCACGGUAUAACUUCCAAGGCGGACAUUUACUUCAACGGAAAACAGAUUGCCUCCAAUGCUACCCAACAGGGAUCAUACGGUGGUCAUCGCUAUGAUAUCACACCCUUUGUUCGUACUGGAAAGAAUGUCCUGCUUAUCCAGGCUCAUCCGACAAACUACCUCCGUGACUUUGCUCAGGGCUUCGUGGACUGGAACCCCUACCCGCCCGACAAUGGAACGGGUGUAUGGCGCGAUGUGGAACUCAAGCAGACUGGACCGGUGUCUAUGUCGUCGCCACGAAUCUUAACGGACUUCACUGGCUUGCAUACCGAGAAUGUAACUGCCACCAUUAAGGUGGACGUGGAAAACCAUGAAGAUCACAUUGUCAGUGGUGCUGUGCAUGGCACCGUCCAGACGAAGGACAAUGCAUCCCAGGCGGUCGCGUUUUCCAAGGAAUUCAAAUUAGAACCGCAUAGGAACGCGACUAUCUCGGUGAACGUACUGCUGAAGAAUCCCAAGAUAUGGUGGCCAGCUAUGUGGGGUCAACAGCCACUGUACACAGUUCAGGUUAAGACCACUGUCGGCCAGAAUGAAGUCUCAGAUAUCGCACCACAAACGCGGUUCGGAAUUCGACAUGUUACGUCAAGAGUUAACUCGCAUAACGACACCGAGUUCAGCGUCAAUGGGUACCCGUUCCACGUCAGGGGAGGUGGCUAUAGUCCGGACAUGUUCCUCCGGUUCGACCUUGAGCAUUUGCGGAAGAUCUUCCGUUACAUGCUGGAUAUGGGUCUGAAUACGGUGCGUUUGGAAGGAAAACAAGAACACCCGGAAUUGUAUGACCUUGCUGAUCGCAUGGGAUUGAUGGUGAUAUCGGGAUGGGAGUGCUGCGACAAAUGGGAAGGAUGGGAUUACAACAACGAAGCGGAUGGAGUUAAAUGGGCAGAGAAAGACUAUCCGGUUGCCGAAGCUACAAUGCUGCAUGAAGCCAACAUGAUGCAGGCUCAUCCCUCGAUGCUGGCCUUUCUGGUUGGAUCAGACUUCUGGCCCAAUAAGAAGGCCACAGAUGUGUAUGUCAACGCUCUGAAUCGCAUGGACUGGCCCAACCCGAUCAUUGCAUCGGCAAGUAAGCGUGGCUAUUCCGAGAUUCUGGGACCGUCUGGCAUGAAGAUGGAUGGGCCGUACGAUUGGGUACCGCCCAAUUACUGGUACCAUGAUAAGCUGGGGGCAGCAUUUGGUUUCGGCUCAGAGCAGGGGCCCGGCGUGGGAACACCCGAGCUCGGCAGUUUAAAGCAGUUUAUGUCUCACCAGGAAUUGCAAAACCUGUGGAUGAAGCCAGACGAGCCUCAGUGGCACAUGGGUAAGAAUGACUCGCCUUUCGCAGACCGCUCCCUGUACAACGAGGGACUUUUUGCGCGGUACGGGCCACCGACCGGACUGGAAGACUAUCUUCGGAAAUCGCAGAUGAUGGAUUAUGAAGCGACGCGAGCGGAAUUUGAAGCAUUCGCUGUACGCCAGAAUGCAAGUCGCCCGGCCACUGGGGUGGUUUACUGGAUGUUGAACAGCGUCUGGCCCAAUCUACAUUGGCAGCUGUUUGAUUAUUACUUACGACCGGCCGGAUCCUAUUUCGGGACCAAGGUGGGUGCCCGCUUGGAACAUGUCGCUUAUGAUUACGAAGCGCACACUGUUCAUAUCAUCAAUCAUUCCCUGGACAAAUCCGGAAAGCGGACUGUCACCGUGGACCUGAUUGAUAUCGAUGGCAAAUCUAUGCACCAUGAAAAGGUCGCUGCAUAUACCACCCCAACCGCAUCGAAAACGGUAACAGCAGUCCCAGACAUAAAGAAAAUCAAGGGCGUUGGCUUCCUGAGAUUAACCCUUCAGGACGCGGAGAAGGGCACCACCCUGAGCCGCAAUGUCUAUUGGCUCCCACCCAACACUGAGAGCCUAGACUGGGACAACUCUAACUUCUACACCACGCCCGUCACUAAAUACACCAACCUCACUGCGUUGAACCAGAUGCGUACCGCAUCUGUGUCCGUAAGUGUGAAGACGACCCCCUCGAAACAAGGCUCAACGCUGGCCAAGGUGACGCUCGAGAAUAAGUCCGAUGUGCCCGCCUUUUUUAUGCAUUUGAUGGUUACCGACGAGAAAGAGCAGGAGCUGGCGCCGGUAUACUGGUCUGAUAAUUAUGUUACUCUUUUCCCGAAAGAAAAGCUCACGUUGACGGUGGAGUUUGAGGGAAAGAAGUGGGUAGCUUCGUUGACUGGUGCGAAUGUGGAGAAGACAGAAAUCGGCCGGGGUUAG